AGGGGCGGACUGACAACUCAUGGGGCAAUAGGGGAUCAUGGGGCCCCUGUGUCCUUGACCAAACUCAAAAAAGCCUAUGAAAAAGGUACCAGGGGCAUCUCAUGGGGCCCCCUACUGACCCCAGGCCCUCGGGCAGUGCCCGAGUUUCCAAAUGGUCAGUCCGCCCCUGCCUGUUCGAUACUCCUAUGGACACUACUGGGUCAAUCCAGCAGUAAGACGUUAAGAAGACCCGAGGGGAUACUAAGAGGAGCUUAUUUGACAAGUAGGCAUCUCCAUUUGAUGGAAAGCACUUUCAACUUCUAUUUCCUAUUUUAUCUUUUGAUGUUUGAAGCU